AUUAUAAUAAUUAUAAAUCUAAUCUCAUCUACAAUUCUUAUAAGCUUAAUCACAACAUUAUUCAUAAAAACCUCUUGAUUCUCAAACAUCCUAUUCCUCAUCAUAUUAGGAGGUAUGUUGGUGGUAUUCAUCUACAUUGCAACCCAAUCCUACACAACUAAUGACAACCCCUAUUUUCCAACUUACUCCUACUUACAUUUCUCUUCUUAUGUAACCUUCUUACUGAUUACCAUUAUUGCUGUAGUAAAAAUCACAAAAAUCUCACAAAGCCCAAUCCUACACAACUAA